UUAUAAUGUGUGAAGUUAAUAUUCCAAGACAAAAAGUGCCCAAAGAUGGCGUCGGACCGAGAGGUGUACCGGAAUGUUACUAUACGUCACGCGUUUUGAAUUCAACAUUCCGCUACGUGAAAUUCGUGCGCAAACUUCGUGCGUUAGAAGAGGAGCAACGUAAGGGUGCUGAGAAUAAAGCUAAAGAGGAAAAAGACCAGACAAUCAAUGAGUUUUUCAUGAAAUGUGAUCGCAAAUCACUUAUUAAUGAUGUCGCACGUCGAGUUGAUCUUUGUUUGGCAUCGUACCAGAAAGACUUAGAAGUGAAGAAGGAAAGGUUGAAGGAGUUAUUCGCAUACGAAGAAGAAGAGAACACGCGUAAGUUUGUGGCACAAGCGCAAGCGGGCGCGGAAUUAGUGUGGCAAGACAAGAAGGAGCGGCUGCGGUUCUUACUGGAGAAGAGGAAGAAGGAGCACGCCGAGAAAUAUAAAGAUACGCCGCUUUCUAAAUGCGUUCACGUAUUGCCGUGUAUCCUCAAGUUACGCGCAAUGGAAGCCCAGCAAAUACAAUUAUAUCAGAUGAAAGAGAAACAAGCGCGUCGCAUGGCAGAGAUUGAAUUCGACAAGAUGUGGUACGAAGUUACAAUGAAAGAAGCCGAUGCAUUGGCGGCUCGUAUGGAAUACGACGCAAUAGAGAGAUAUAGAAGAGACGUGGAGUGUAAGCAGUACUCCGACUACCAAUUGGAACAGAGACGCAGACAGAGGGAGAAUGAGAAAGAAAUGCUGCGACAAGAGACCUUGCGCUUCAAGGCCAUAUGGGACGCGGAAAAUAAGAAAGAAGAAGACGCGGAACAAGCUCGCCGUGACAAAGCAAGAGAAAUAGCAGAAGAUAGUAAAAGGUUCUUAAAAUUAAACCAGGAGAGGUUGGCGAGAGAGAGAGAAGAAGAGAAAAUGGUGUCCGAUGCUUGGAACUCUCUCGCUUCCCAAGGCCUGGCUAAUGACAUGGCCAUGAUCGAAUUGAGAAGGAGAAAAGAGCGUGAACUCGACGAAUGUAAUAGAAGGCUUCUAGAAAUGAAGAAAAAGUUCGUCGACAUGGAUAUAGAAGAUGACAUCAUUAGGAAAGAGGACGCGCAACAAACACAAAGGAAAAAAGAUGAAAUCAGCUGCAGAUAUCUCAAAUGGGCAAAGGAGACCACAAGGGAAGUACGUAAAGGUAUGAUAGAACAGAUAAAAGAAAGAGAAGAAGAGAAGAAGCUUCUAAAGAAGAGAAUAGAUGAAGAAGACGAGUAUCACAGACAAUUACGGGAACAACUGGACAAGUUGGUCGAUUACAGAGACAAGAUGGACGCUAAAGUUAGGAAAGAUCAUCAACGUAACUUAGUGAAGCAAAUUGAAUAUAAUAAUAUAUUAAAGGAGCGAGCUAAACAAGAAGAAUUAGAUCAGUUGAAGAAAUACGCGAUCGCGACUAAAGAAUACGAAGAGGAGAUAGAGAAGAUGCUCUGUCGACCAUUCUUCAGUGAUCAUAUACAUCCAUUUAUGAAGCAAAUGGUAAAAGGUGUUAAAAUAUCGGAGAAAUGUCCGUGCUCUAAGAAAGAUUAUUGUAAAUGA